CACGAUGACUGGCUCACGGAUGAAAGCUACUUUUUGUAACUAUUCAAUCUCAUGUUAGAGUCCAUUCCAGCUCAAUUCGUCUUGCAUUGGAAACUCGUCCCAAAUCAUUCGGUAAUUCCAGAUUUUCUCACUUCUCACAUCGCAUCCAAAAUAAGCGGGACAACUUGCGGCGAAGAUAUUGAAAAUGGCAUCAGAGAUUGAGGACAUUCAGCCAGCACCGAUAGCGCCAGGUGAUCACGCGGGGUACCUCCAAUAUGCGCUCUCGCUGGCAAAGCAGUCACCACCGAAGCCAACAAAUUACAGAGUGGGAGCGGCCCUCGUCAACCCCGCCACCAAUACAGUCGUCUCGACGGGUUACACGUUGGAGCUGCCAGGUAACACGCACGCCGAGCAAUGCUGCUUUAUGAAGCUGGCCCAACAGCACGACGUUACCGAAGAGGAGCUGGGCUCCGUCAUCAAGACGCCUCUGGUACUCUACACAACCAUGGAACCGUGUUCGACGAGGCUCAGCGGCAACCUGCCCUGUACCAAGAGGAUCCUGCAACUGCGGUCUUUCAUCAAGACCGUCUACGUUGGUGUUCAGGAGCCGGAAAAGUUCGUCAAGGAUAAUACCGGACGGAGCGCGCUCGAAAGGGCGGGUGUCGAUUUCGUGCACAUUAAGGGGCUCGAAGGCGAAAUUCUCAAGGUGGCUACGGCGGGCCACGUCAAGCCUGCCCAAUAG